AUGGACACUGACAUGGACUACGAAAGGCCCAACGUUGAAACCAUCAAGUGUGUGGUCGUGGGGGACAACGCCGUGGGGAAGACACGCUUGAUCUGUGCCAGAGCAUGUAAUACAACGCUAACGCAGUAUCAGCUGCUGGCCACCCAUGUACCAACCGUGUGGGCAAUUGACCAGUACCGGGUCUGCCAGGAGGUUUUAGAACGUUCCCGGGAUGUUGUUGAUGAAGUGAGUGUUUCUCUCAGGCUUUGGGAUACUUUUGGCGAUCAUCACAAAGACCGGCGCUUUGCAUAUGGCAGGUCUGAUGUUGUGGUCCUCUGCUUUUCUAUUGCUAAUCCCAACUCCCUAAAUCAUGUGAAAACCAUGUGGUAUCAAGAAAUCAAGCACUUUUGCCCCCGCACACCUGUUGUCCUAGUUGGCUGCCAGCUAGAUCUUCGAUAUGCUGAUCUUGAAGCUGUUAAUCGAGCCCGACGCCCUUUAGCAAGGCCCAUAAAGAGAGGAGAUAUCCUGCCCCCUGAGAAAGGCCGAGAGGUUGCAAAGGAAUUGGGCAUCCCAUACUACGAGACGAGCGUCUUUGAUCAAUUUGGAAUCAAGGACGUGUUUGACAACGCAAUCCGGGCCGCGCUGAUUUCCCGCCGGCACUUGCAGUUCUGGAAAUCCCACCUCAAGAAAGUUCAGAAACCUUUACUUCAGGCACCGUUCCUACCUCCAAAAGCCCCCCCACCGGUCAUCAAGGUCCCAGAGUGUCCCUCCACGGGGACGAGCGAAGCUGCCUGUUUACUGGACAAUCCUCUGUGUGCCGACGUCCUGUUCGUCCUCCAGGACCAGGAGCACAUCUUUGCACACCGAAUUUACCUCGCUACCUCCUCUUCCAAAUUUUAUGAUCUUUUUCUAAUGGAAUGUGAAGAAACUCCAAACGGGAGUGAAGUUACUUGUGAGAAGGAGAAGCAGAGCCGGGAUGUCCAGGAGCAGGCAUGGAGUGUUGUUGACCCAGAUGAGGAGCUGCAGGAGGGUACCCCAAGGACGCCUCAGGCUGACCAGUGUGAGUCCCUCAGCCAGAACCUAUCCCAGCAGGAGAUUCUCAAGCUGGAAGCCGAGGGCUCGAUCCCGGAGACACAGGCACUGGCAGGCUGGAGUAAGGGGUUUAUUGGCAUGCACAAGGAAAUGCAAGUCAAUCCCAUUUCAAAGCGGUUGGGCCCCGUGACCGUGGUCAGGAUGGACUCAUCGGUCCAGUCGGGCCCUUUUCGGACCCUGCUCCAGUUUCUUUACACGGGGCAACUGGAUGAAAAGGAGAAGGACUUGGUGGGCCUGGCUCAGAUGGCAGAGAUCCUGGAGAUGUUUGACUUGAGGAUGAUGGUGGAGAACAUCAUGAACAAUGAAGCCUUCAUGAACCAGGAGAUUACAAAAGCGUUUCACGUCAGGAAGGCCAAUCGCAUAAAAGAGUGUCUUAGCAAGGGGACGUUCUCAGAUGUGACAUUUAAGUUGGAUGAUGGAGCCAUCAGUGCCCACAAACCGCUGCUGAUCUGUAGCUGCCAAUGGAUGGCUGCCAUGUUCGGGGGGUCAUUCGUGGAAAGCGCCAACAGUGAGGUGUAUCUCCCGAACAUAAACAAGAUGUCAAUGCAGGCAGUACUGGAUUAUCUCUAUACUAAGCAGUUGUCACCCAACUUGGACCUGGACCCACUGGAAUUAAUUGCCUUGGCGAACAGAUUCUGCCUGCCACACUUGGUUGCACUUGCAGAGCAGCACGCAGUUCAGGAGCUGACCAAGGCUGCUAUGAGUGGUGAGGGCAUUGAUGGAGAAGUGCUCUCUUAUUUGGAGUUGGCCCAGUUCCACAAUGCCCACCAGCUGGCUGCCUGGUGCCUGCACCACAUCUGCACCAACUACAACAGUGUUUGUUCCAAGUUUCGCAAGGAGAUCAAAUCGAAAUCCGCAGACAACCAAGAAUACUUUGAGCGCCACCGGUGGCCCCCCGUGUGGUACCUGAAGGAAGAAGACCACUACCAGCGGGUGAAAAGAGAAAGAGAGAAGGAAGAUAUUGCACUAAAUAAACAUCACUCAAGACGAAAGUGGUGCUUCUGGAAUUCAUCUCCAGCAGUUGCCUGA